GGAGAAACGCGCUCUAACAGCUUUUGUGCCGGAGGUUGCGCAUACGAGACGGCGGGUUUGCGCAGGUCCGGGCUCCCGCAUUGCUGGUCCCCGCUGCGGGCUGUCUGAGCUGGGCUCUGCCCAGACUGUACUGAGCGGCGUAGAGGUAAUGCUUGGGGCUGGUGGCCGGGGGAGAGCCCGCUUUCCUCCCUCGUCCCUUUCCCCCGCAGGAUAAUAGAUAUGGAGCUAGAAUGGACUUUGGAAGUCUUUUCUUACAACCUUCUCCACAAAGAGAGAAACUUGGACUCUUGAAUGUGAAGAAAGAUCUGUUUUCCCCAGCUCAUCAUGGCAUCAACUUCAAGAGGAGAUGCAUCUGGAAAAUUGUUUAGCCCUAAGAUGAGAUCUGCUAAGCUGCUUGAAGUUCUGAAUUCUCUGGAAGAUGAAUCCACCAAAGAGAAAGAAAUUAUAUUCAUCUCACCACCUGAUAAUGCCACAGGAGACUUCACUGAUGAGGACUCAGGGGAUGAAGAUGGACAUAAAGGAGGGAACUUGCCUGGAAGCAUGCUGCAUGCUGCUGUGGUAUCAGAUAGCUCUGAUACUGGGGAAGACAAUGACGAACUUGAACUACAACCAUCAACAAAGAGGCAGAAGAAAAUUGCUGAACCAAGGAGGGUUUGGACUAAAAGAGAUAUUAGACCUGACUUUGUAAGUUGGUCUGCAUCAGAUCCUCAUAUUGAGUAUCUUAAGAGCCAGGAAUUGAGCCCAGUUGGACUCUUCGAAUUGUUUUUUGAUGAAGGAACAAUUAAUUUCAUUGUCAAUGAAACCAAUCGUUAUGCUUGGCAGAAAAAUGUCAACCUGGGUCUUACAGCCCAGGAAUUAAAGUGCAUUUUGGGUAUACUGAUUUUGAGUGGUUAUAUUUCUUAUCCAAGAAGGAGAAUGUUUUGGGAAACAUCUCCUGAUUCACAUCAUCACCUUGUUGCUGAUGCAAUUAGAAGGGACAGGUUUGAAUUAAUAUUUUCAUACUUACACUUUGCUGAUAACAGUGAACUUGAUGAGAGUGAUAGAUUUGCAAAGGUAAGGCCUCUCAUAAUUUUGAUGAAUCAGAAUUUCCAAAAGCAUGCUCCCCUAGAGGAAUACUAUAGUUUUGGUGAAUCCAUGUGUGAAUAUUUUGGACGUCGUGGAUCUAAGCAGUUGCACAAGGGAAAACCCAUUCGAUUUGGUUAUAAGAUUUGGUGUGGAACAACUAGCAGAGGGUACCUAGUCUGGUUUGAGCCCUCUCAGGGAACAUUAUUCACAAAGCCAGAAAAGGAUAUAGAUUUAGGAGGAAGUAUGGUGAUAAAAUUUGUAGAUGCACUUCAGGCACGAGGCUCUCUGCCAUACCAUAUUUUUUUUGACAAAGUUUUUACAAGUGUCAAAUUGAUGUCCAUUUUGAGGGAAAGGGGAGUGAAGGCCACAGGAACUGUCCAUGAAUACAUGACUGAGAGGUGCCCACUCAAAGAUCCCAAAGACUUUAAAAAAAUGAAAAAAGGCUCAUUUGAUUACAAAGUGGAUGAAAGUGAGGAAAUCAUUGUGUGUCGUUGGCAUGAUAGCAGUGUUAUUGAUGUAUGUUCCAAUGCAGUUGGAAUAGAACCUGUAAGACUAACAAAUCGUUAUUCAAGUGCAUCCAAAACUAGGACUCAGGUACAUCAGCCGUCAUUGGUAAGGUUGUACAAUGAGAAGAUGGGAGGGGUUGCCAGAAUGGACCAAAAUAUCUCCAAGUAUAAGGUGAAAAUUAGAGGAAUGAAAUGGUACUCUAGCUUUAUAGGUUACAUUAUUGACGCAGCUCUAAACAACGCAUGGCAGCUUCACAGAAUCUGUAGUGAAGAGACGCAGGUAGACCUUUUGGCUUUCAGAAGAUAUGUUGCUUGUGUCUAUUUGGAAAGCAAUGCUGACACAUCAUCCCAAGGAAGAAGGAGCAGACGUUUAGAAACAGAGAGCAGAUUUGACAUGAUUGGUCAUUGGAUCAUUCACCAAGAUAAGCGAACCCGAUGUGCCCUUUGCCAUUCUCAGACAAACACCAGAUGUGAAAAAUGCCAGAAAGGUGUUCAUGCAAAAUGUUUCAGAGAAUACCAUAUAAAAUAACCACUUGAGGACAUGCAUCAAAAAGAAAAAAAAAACAAUGGUUUGCAGUCCAUUAGAGUGUAACAUUUUAAAGUUUACUCAUUAUAUAUCCAAAGGUUUAUUUCAAUUAAUAUGUAAUAAUAUUCAAUUAUGUAUAGUAGUUAGAGCAGCAUUUCUGUUCUUGUGUAUUGAAAAAUGUUUUUGGACUUGACUUUCUAAUAGUUUGUUUUUGCAUUAUUUGUUCCCUCCCCUUCAUUUCAUCAUUCGCUUUUUUCCCAAAUAAAAUCCCAUUUUUGGUGUCUUGUGCCUAAAUAUAGUAAAAACAAAAAAAAUAAAGAGUCGAUGUUUAGUUA